ACAGUGGGAUUACAUGUAUAAGUGCAAGUAGAUGUACCUGUAUUUUGUGUGCCAUAGAUCAGUACGUAGAAAACAAACCCAACCCAGCCGUACGUUCUUCAACAUGCGAUCUGCUUACCAUCUGAUGCCUCUGCUAGCCAUGCUACUCAUCCUCGUCCUUGCUGACCAUACAAGCUCCACGGAAGCAGUAGCACCGGCUGCGUGCCUCCCAGACCAGGCAGCGGCGCUGCUCCAGCUGAAACGCUCCUUCAACGCCACCAUCGGUGACUACUCUGCCGCCUUCCGGUCAUGGGUUGCCGUUGCCGGCGCAGACUGUUGCAGCUGGGACGGCGUCCGGUGCGGCGGCGCCGGCGGCCGUGUCACCUCGCUCGACCUGAGCCACCGUGAUUUGCAAGCCGCCUCAGGUCUUGACGACGCACUCUUCAGCCUAACCUCGCUGGAAUACCUUGACCUCUCUUCCAACGACUUCGGCAAGUCCCAGAUGCCAGCCACAGGGUUCGAGAAGCUCACCGGGCUCACCCAUCUUGACCUCUCCAACACAAACUUCGCCGGCCUGGUACCUGCCGGCAUCGGCCGCCUCACCAGACUCUCCUACCUUGACCUGUCGACAACAUUUUUUGUAGAGGAGUUGGACGACGAGUACAGCAUCACGUACUACUACUCGGACACAAUGGCACAGCUCUCGGAGUCGAGCUUGGAGACCUUGCUCGCAAACCUCACCAACCUGGAGGAGCUUCGCCUGGGCAUGGUGGUGGUGAAGAACAUGUCGAGCAAGGGCACUGCACGGUGGUGCGACGCCAUGGCCAGGUCCUCCCCGAAGCUGAGGGUCAUUAGCAUGCCGUACUGCUCACUCUCCGGUCCCAUUUGCCACUCACUCUCGGCCUUGCGAUCACUUUCAGUGAUAGAGCUGCAGUACAAUCAUUUGUCUGGUCCAGUUCCUGAGUUCUUGGCUGCACUCCCCAACCUUAGUGUUCUUCAGCUUGCAAAUAACAUGUUUGAAGGGGUGUUCCCUCCCAUCAUCUUCCAGCAUGAGAAACUAACAACCAUUAACCUCACCAAAAAUCUAGGAAUCUUCGGAAAUUUGCCUUGUUUCUCAGGUGACAGUAGCUUACAGAGUUUAUCUGUCAGCAACACCAACUUCUCAGGCACAAUUCCAAGUUCAAUCAGCAACCUCAGAUCUCUCAAGGAGUUGGCCCUUGGAGCUAGUGGUUUCUCUGGAGUGCUGCCCUCCUCCAUCAGUCAGCUGAAAUCCUUGUCUUUAUUAGAGGUGUCUGGGUUAGAGCUAGCAGGAUCCAUGCCAUCAUGGAUCUCAAACCUGACUUCUCUUAACGUUCUCAAGUUCUUCAGUUGUGGCUUGUCCGGACCCAUACCAGCUUCCAUAGGGAACUUAACAAAACUGACAAAAUUGGCACUGUACAAUUGCCACUUUUCAGGAGUGAUAGCUCCACAGAUCUUAAAUUUAACUCAUUUGCAAUACCUCCUGCUCCAUUCAAACAAUUUAGUUGGCACAGUGGAGCUAUCAUCGUACUCCAAAAUGCAAAAUCUUUCUGCCCUGAAUCUCUCAAAUAAUAGACUAGUUGUGAUGGAUGGUGAAAAUAGUUCUUCAGUAGUGUGCUACCCUAAUAUUAUAUUGUUACGACUAGCAUCUUGCAGUAUAUCUAGCUUCCCUAACAUUUUGCGGCAUCUCCAUGAGAUUACUUUCCUUGAUCUUUCAUAUAACCAAAUCCACGGAGCAAUACCUCGGUGGGCAUGGAAGACCUUGAACCUAGGCUUUGCCUUGUUCAACCUAUCACAUAAUAAGUUUACGAGUAUUGGAUCUCACCCUUUUCUUCCUGUUUACAUUGAAUUCUUCGAUCUCAGUUUCAACAAUAUUGAAGGGACAAUACCUAUACCAAAAGAAGGAAGUGUCACCCUUGAUUACUCCAACAACCGGUUCUCAUCUCUGCCUCUCAAUUUCUCUACUUACCUAUCAAAUACUGUCCUUUUCAAGGCCUCCAAUAAUAGCAUAUCUGGAAACAUUCCACCAUCGAUCUGUGACGGGAUUAAGAGUUUACAACUCAUUGAUCUCUCUAACAACAAUUUGACUGGCUUAAUACCAUCAUGUCUGAUGGAGGAUGCAAAUGCACUGCAGGUACUAAGUCUAAAGGAAAAUCAUCUUACCGGCGAGUUACCUGACAGCUACCAAGAUCUUUGGUUGCUUGCAGGAAUCUGGAGAUCCUUGACAUUGGAAACAAUAAAAUUAGUGACUCUUUCCCAUGUUGGAUGAGUAAACUUCCUCAACUUCUAGUCCUGGUCCUCAAGUCUA